GAGAUCGCCUCGUUUUUUCCUCAAGGCUCAAUACGCUUUUUUUUGCCUUUGAUCUACCAGGAUGUCGACGAGCGGAUUGAAGGCGAUUGCGCCGGUGCCCACAGCGGCUGACUUUCUGGACAUCGUGCUGUCCAAGACACAGCGAAAAACACCAACGGUUAUCCAUAAGAACUUCAAGAUCAGCCGGAUACGAAAUUUCUAUAUGCGCAAGGUCAAGUUUACGCAAGACUCAUUCGAUGAAAAACUCUCUGCUAUACUCAGCGAAUUCCCUAUGCUCGACGACCUGCACCCCUUUCUCUCUUCCUUGAUGAAUGUACUCUAUGACAAAAAUCACUACAAGCUCGCCUUGGGCCAACUUCGCACUGCACAACAUCUGAUUGAUCAAGUAGGGAAGGAUUAUGUACGACUACUAAAAUUUGGUGAUAGUUUGUAUCGCUGCAAGCAGCUUAAGAAGGCUGCUCUCGGACGCAUGGCCACGGUCAUGCGCCGCCAAAAAGAUCCUCUUGCGUAUCUGGAGCAAGUUCGGCAACACAUAUCUCGUUUACCAGCGAUAGACCCCAACACCCGUACCCUCCUCAUUUGCGGAUAUCCGAACGUCGGCAAGUCGUCGUUCAUCAACAAAGUCACGCGUGCAGAUGUGGACGUCCAACCCUACGCCUUCACCACAAAAUCUCUGUUUGUCGGACAUUUGGACUACAAAUAUUUAAGAUGGCAAGUCAUCGACACGCCCGGAAUUCUCGAUCACCCUCUGGAGGACAUGAACACGAUCGAGAUGCAGAGUAUAACAGCCCUUGCGCAUCUGAAGAGUUGUGUAUUGUAUUUCAUGGAUCUAAGCGAGCAAUGUGGUUAUACCGUAGAAGCCCAGUGUAAACUUUUCCAUUCUAUCAAACCUCUUUUUGGCGGGAAGCCGACAUUGUUGGUCAUCAAUAAAAUCGAUGUUACUCGGCUGGAGGACUUGCAUGCCGACAACAGGGCCCUGGUUCAAGAGAUCAUCGAUGCGGAAGAUGUACAAUGCGUACAGGUAUCGUGCUACUCGGAGGAAGGAGUAAUGGACGUGAAGAACAAGGCCUGUGACGCUCUACUAGCCCAUCGGGUUGACCACAAACUCAAGGGGACGAAGAUCAACUCCAUCAUCAACCGUAUACAUGUGGCCCAACCGAAAGCGCGAGACGACGUGGUUCGCGCACCCUUUAUCCCUGAAAGCAUCAAGGAGCGGAAGAAAUACGAUAAGAAUGAUCCAGACAGGAAGAGGUUGUUGAGGGACAUCGAGCUGGAGGAAGGUGGUGCCGGUGUGUUUAAUAUUAACAUGAAAGAGGAUUAUCUCCUUGCGGACCCGUCCUGGAAAAUGGAUAUCAUGCCUGAAAUUAUGGAUGGUAAGAACGUAGCGGACUUCAUAGAUCCCGAUAUUGCGGAUAAAUUGGAGGCUCUGGAGCGAGAGGAAGAGAAGCUGCAAGCUGAAGGGUUCUACGAGAGUGAAGAAGACUUGUUUGAUUCCGAAGACGAACGGGAGGCAACCGAAGCGCAGAAAGCACUGGCGCAUAAAAUACACUCGCAGAGCAUCAAGAAGUCGAAGAAAAACCAAUCUCGCAUGCCUCGGACGGCUGGUCUACGGACGCUCAGCGAGCUCACUACGGAGCUGACAAAGGCUGGCUACAAUCCAAGCAAAAUCGAGGAUCGGGCUGUAAUGCUGGCUAAGGUGCAGGGCGCGAAGAGGAAGCGGGCAGAUGGGGAAAUGGAUGUGGACAUGGAGGACGGCGAUGGCGAGGAGGGUGACUGGAUGGACGUCGAUGGCGAAGAACAGACGCCAAAUAAACGCGUCAAGGAUAAUACCGGCGCUAUUAUUGCAAAGAACAGGAGAAAUCCUCGCACAAAUCGCCAACUCGCUGGUAUGCGAGACGAAACACAAGCAUCAAAGGCUAUCAAAUUGCGUAACCUUGGGCAAAGAGAGCGCAACAUGCACGCCAAAGCCGGCGAGAGUGACAGAGCCAUUAGAGUUAAAAUGCCCAAACAUCUGUAUGCUGGUAAACGGAAAGGUGGCAAAACCGACAGAAGAUGAUUAUAUCACUGAUCAUCGAUUUUUUCUACAUAUUGUUUGCUUUCACGUCUUCUGGUGUAUAUCACAUCUAUAUUCCACUAUACAGUACAUAUACAUCCCAGCCAUCAAGACAGAGCA